AUGGUUGGUAUCGAUUCAAGAAACAAACAUAUUCUUGAUACGAAAUAUAUUUGUCCUGUAUGUUCAUUGAUACUACGAGAUCCUAUACAAUUGAGUAAAUGUGGUCAUCGUCAGUGUCAAACAUGUUUAAAUGUUAAACAAGAAACGAUAAUCAAAUGUCGACAAUGUCAACAAGAAACAUUACGAAUAGAAGUGCUACUUGAUCAAGCCUUCAAAAUUGAUAUGAAAUCACUACCAAUUGAUUGUUCUUUUUGUCCAUGGACUGGCAUUUUAAAUAACUAUCAAGAACAUAUCGAUCAAUCUCAUUCAAAUUUCAAAUGUGAAUAUUGUGGUGAACAGUUUAAUUCAGUUAUCAAAUUCAAUCUACAUAAAAUUUUUGAAUGUCAACAACUCAUUGUUGAUUGUGCAUUGAAAGAUUUCGGUUGUAGUGAACGAAUUAUUCGUGUUAAAAUGAAAGAUCAUUAUUUGACUCAACAACAUCAAUAUGCCAUACUCAAAGUUGUUCCACAAAUGUUAGCGCAAUUAAAUGACAGACAAAUGAAUAUUGAUUUCUCUCAAACAGCAACUGCAGGAGCUUGUAAUCUUGCCACAGCACAAUUAGAAGAGCUGUAUGAAAUGCUCAAUAUCUUGAGAGGUGGCGUUGAAACAUUGACCAAUGAUGAACAACGUCUAACCAAUGAAGCACUUCAAAUGCAAAUUACACUGACAACACUGACAGAAGAAUUAUCGAAAAUUAAAUUAUCCAUUGAAGAAUCAAACACUCUUUGGAAAGGAGUAAACCUUAAUCAAGACAUUCUCAAUCAAGAUCUAGCAUCAUUGCAAGAGGAAAUCAACGAUUUGCAAUGUGUAUCAUAUGAUGGAAUAUUAGUUUGGAAAAUAACAAAGUUUCACGAGAAAAUGAUUGAUGCACAGUCUGAAAGACAAACAUCAAUUUAUUCACCUCCAUUUUAUUCGUCUCCAAAUGGUUAUAAAAUGAGAGCUCGUUUGUAUUUAAAUGGUGAUGGAAAUGCUCGUCAUACACAUAUGUCACUCUUUUUUGUGCUCAUGCGAGGUUUGAAUGAUCCGAUUCUCAAAUUUCCAUUCAACUAUAAAGUUAUAUUUUGCUUGUACGAUCAAACACCUGCACAACGACAUAUUAUUAAUUCAUUUCGACCAGACAUUAAAUCAAGUAGUUUUCAGCGAUCACGAUCGAAUAUGAAUAUAGCCAGUGGUAUACCAAAAUUUUUCCCAUUGAAAAUGAUUCAACAGGAGGGAAAUCCGUAUGUACAAGACGACACAAUGUUCAUUAAAAUUAUGGUUGAUUUUGGAGAUAUACACAAAACACUGUUGCCCUACGCAAUGAGCCUGAAUCCGGGUCUACCAAUGCAUGUUCAACAAGCAAUGAUCAAACAAGAGGCUGAAUGAAGAAUACAAGUACGAUCUGACGAUCAACUACCGAUAUCUUAAGGAUGACCUUCUAUGUAAUUUAUAUCAAAUAUUAAAUCAAUAGUCAAGAGUAUUCUAUUUUGAGUUUGCGAAAUUUUUUACAGUGUAAAGUAUAAACCAGAUGUUAUCUUAAGCUUUUCCUGUUUUUUGAUAACUAUACAAAGCUUACUGAUCUUCCGUAUAAGGUGAAGUAAUUUCGUUGUCUGAUAACAUAAAUUUAUAUUGAAAGGAAAUCUAGUUUUGAAGAAUCAUUAUUCAGAUAACUUUUCGAAAAUAUUUGAAAAAUUAAUACAUAAACAUUAUUUUUUUUUCGCCUUCAUUUAAGAAAAAAUAUUGGAUUUGGAACGAAAAGUCUAUACUUUUUUAUUGACAAUAAUGCAACUUGUAUUUAGAUUUUUGAAAACAUUUUCUUUCUAUCGUUAACAUUUAAUGAUUCAUCCUAAAAAUAUUCAAUGAUAUGUUAAAUCUAAUGCAAAUAUAAAUGUGCCCUAUCAUUGAGUGAUAGUAUAUAUUUAAUAGUGAAAUAAUACUGAGUUGAAUAAUUAUGCUGAAUCUCAGGACUUCAAUUGCAAUAACUCAUACUAAAUAUGGAAAUAAAGAAUAUAAUCAUAAGAAAGACGAGCUACGAGUGUAGGCUUGUGAAUGUCGUUGUAAGUUUGAAAUAAGAGGACAUGGAUGUUUCAGCCACAGCAAAACUCGUAUCUAAACGCACAGCAAGGGUCCAUAUUAUCAUGUAAAUCCACAUCCACACCCAAUAAAUUUCAAACAAUAACUAUUAUUAUAUAAAAGUAAAAAUAUUUUUCUCUUUUAUUUAGUUCAUUUGAUCAUCUCAAUGAGCGAUAAGUAUUAUUGAAUGAAAAUAUAUAUUUUUCUUUUCUGCUAUUUAGAUUAUCCAAUUUUUCACCGUGGGCGUUAUAAAUCUCUUGGUUUACCUUGCAUAAAACAAUGAUAGUGCAUAGAUACUCUGUAUUAUCAUCUGUUUUGUCUCUACAAAAGAUAUGGUGUAAUUAAUACGAAUGCAGAGGGUAUG